UGAUUUGCAUGUGCCUAUUAGGUGUUGCUACAUAUCCUAAUUUAUACUCCCACGCAGUAUGAUAAUGAACACAUCCGGUGCACUAUAGAGCAAAAGUACCAGAUCUCUCUCUCAGCGAGUCCAAAUCCAGUGGAACCCCAUCCCUUGCUUUACAUCAUAAAACCUCCCUACAAAAUCUAUCUCCACUUCAUACACCCUCCCCUCUCUUUCGUUUUUUUGUUGUUUAACUCAGAACCCCAUCCAAACAAAGAUGGCAACUCAAAGGCGCAACUUAGCAGCGGCAGCGGCAGCUUCCAUGGAUCCCACCUUGAAAAAACCCCAUCAGCCCAUUCCCUCCGCCACCGCCCACCGCCAACCCCGCCCAGAUCCUAAACCCACCACCACCAUCCACUCCAUCUCCCGCCACUUCUCCAAUCUCUACACCAAUCACAAGCACCACCUUUUCUCCGCAUCCUUAAAGGACGACCCUGUCGUUGACUCUUCUUGCCCAGCGCUGACCAAGUCAAAGAGCCAGCACCACGCCGGCACAAAACCGCAGCCAAUCAAGAAAUCGCACAAAGAACAGCCUCCCGAGUUCAUAAUCGUCCAGAAAGGCGGCGGCGGCGGCGGUGGAGGCGGCGGAGGAAUCAAGAAAGCUUCAGACGAUCUUGAUCUGAGCGGUGGGUAUGUGGAGAAGGAGGAGGUGAAGAAGGGGCGGCCGUCUCUGUCACUACAAAUGGGCGGCGGCAUUGGCGGCGGCGGAGGGAGAAGAAGGUCAUUUUCGAGCCCCCAGAUUGAGCUAGCUGAUUUCUUCUCUUGCAAUAGCGUGAAGGUGGUUGCCGUAGAUAUGCCGCCGUAUAUGCAGAUUCACGCCGUCGGUUGUGCAAGAAAGGUUUUUGACAGCUUGGAGAAGUUCACCUCUAAAGCCCUGGCCUUUUCCCUCAAAAAGGAAUUCGAUGGGGUAUAUGGACCAGCCUGGCACUGCAUAGUUGGUAAGAGUUUUGGAUCUUUUGUAACACAUUCAGUGGGAGGCUUCAUAUAUUUCUCCAUGGAUCCUAAGCUGUAUAUACUCUUGUUCAAGACCACAGUACAGAGAGCAGAUUGAUAUGCAUAUAUAUAUAUGUCUGGGAUUUGAUAUCCUGCCCACCAUUUUAGUCUCUCAAAAUCAACAUCCAGGAAAAGAACUAGAAGAAGAAGAUAGAGCGCAUUAAUUGC